GUUCUGUUCCAUGCUGCGGGCCGUCAAGGCGAUGCCGAUGCUUCUGUACUUUGCCUGGCCGCUGGUGCCGUACAUCCCACCGACCCUCAGGUCACAAUUCCUGCUGCAGAUCCAGACUCUUGGGCAGGCUACCUCACCCCCCGCCAUCUUGGUUGCUGCCAACUGGAUUCUUGCUACCCAGUUUGCCCUGCAGGUUCGCCUCCCAGUGCCCGUGCAGCGCGUGCACGGAUUAUACACCAACCAGACCCACAAUCCA